UUGACAUAUUUUUAUCAUCUUAUAUGCUCUUGUCGCUGCCGGUGACGGAGAUUGCCUGAGAAAUUACACCGGCAGAAUUUGUAAUUCAACUCUCUCCGGUAUAACCAAAUUUCCUUCUUCUCUCUUCCAUUCAGUCCCAGAUAUGCAAUUCAUUGACAUGUAAAACCCAUUUUUUUCCUAUCAGUUUUGGUGUCGGUGGCCGUGUGUGAUAGCGGCAAAGGGACUCGAAUUGAGCUUGCUAAUAUAUGGCUUACAGGAGAAAACAGCAGGUGCCUAAGGUUUCUACUGGAACUCCGCCACCACUUCCCGAUGAGAGUUCUUCUUCAUCAUCUGCUUCUUCUCUGGCUGCUAAGGCCAUACGAGCAUCCUCCGCAUACAAAGAUUCUUCUCUUUCCUCCGCAUAUGGUCAGUCAGCUCUUUCAUCUCCUCGCGACUCCUAUCCGUUACGAUCUUCUGCUCCGGUUUCAACAGCAUCAUUACCAUACAAAGAUUCUUCUCUCUCCCCCAUCUAUGGUCAAUCAGUUCUUUCAUCUCCUGGCCACUCAAAUCCCUUACGAUCUUCUGCUCCGGUUUCAACAGCUAAGGAUUCGUCCAGCUAUGAGUAUACAUCAAUGAAAAACUUGAGUGAAUCCAAACAAGGUAUUUGGGGAGUAUUGGCUAGGAAAGCGAAAUCUAUUAUUGAUGAUAAUAAUACAGACCAACCACAUCUAAGCGAAGUAAGAACAAGAAUGCAACAUAUGCCUGAUAGUGCAACCAUUGGUCAGCAAUAUGACAGAAAACAGUUGCCUGAAAGCGGUAGAAAAGCUGAGGGCCAUAAACUACAGAAGGGAUUAGAUGCUCUUGCAUCUUCCCUUAAUUAUAUUGGCGGGACCAUCGGAAAUGCUUUUGAGGAGGGUCUUGCAGUUGUAGAGAAUCGUACUGCAGAUAUCAUUCAGGAAACCAAAAAGCUGCAUAUAAGGAAAAAAGAUAGCAGCUCUAUUCCACAGAAUAAUGCUUCAAUGAGUGGUGCACAUCAGCAACCUCUGUUGCGGGCCCACAUGCAACCCCAGACACAGGCUGAUUUGGAAACUCAACUCAAGGCAUCUCGCGACGUAAGGUGGCAACUGUGUAACACUGGUUUAGCAAUAACUUAUCACGUCGUUGCAAUGGCAAUGGCUGCAAAAGCAAAGCUUCUUCUUCGGGAGCUGAAGACUGUGAAAGCUGACCUGGCUUUUGCUAAGGAACGUUGUGCACAGCUGGAAGAAGAAAACAGAAUUCUUCGAGAGAGUAGUGAAAAGGGCGGAAGUCCUGAAGAUGAUGAUUUGAUAAGGCUCCAGCUCGAGACACUUUUGGCAGAAAAGGCUAGGUUGGGUCAAGAGAACUCAGUCCUAACACGGGAGAACCGUUUCUUGAGGGAGAUUGUUGAAUACCACCAGCUCACUAUGCAGGAUGUUGUCUACCUCGAUGAAAAUAGUGAAGAGGUGACUGAAGUGUACCCCAUAAAGGUUGUAAGUCCACAAGUGACCAAGGAUAACUCAUCUCAUCCUGUGUCAUCCUUAGAGACUAAGGAUGUUUCGUGUGAUAUCACCUCUCUGAGCUCUUUCAUCCAAAUUCCUGCUGAAGGUGAUUUAGGAAGACACUGAUUUCCAGUUGCUGGAUGUAUUGCUUUGAUCUUCUCCAGCCGAAAGUGUGAAUGGGUGUUCAGUGUGAUUUCUUUUGGUUGAGCCUGGUCAUCCUGAAACUUAAUAUGUAUUGAACUUUCUUUUAUCUUUUUUUGGUUUAUUUUCUUGGUAGGGAAGGCAAAUGCACUGGGGUUGGAGAGAACAACGUGAAUUGUGGCUUGUUUAGUUAUGCUGUAAGCUAGCCGGUUCUCACUGCAACGAUGUGGAGGUCUUCUACGAAUGUAUGUUAAAAUGAAGAAUUAAUAUAAUGUUUCUCUAAUUCAAAAGUCUUUUAUUUU